UGAACGUUCCUUAAUCGUCAUAGCAACCAGUCGCCAACAAUACUGUGUUGAUUAUAAAAUAUGUUAUUGUAAUAUUAAAGUUUUGUAGAUAAAACUUAGGGAUUAUAAUCUGUUUUAAUGUUAUAUUAGAUUCCAUAGUUUCUAAGAUGGAUUAUGAUGUUAAUAAUUAUACAGUCGUUGGUCGAAUCGGUGAAGGAGCCCACGGGCUUGUUUUCAAAGCCAAACACAACACAACAGGUCGCGAGGUGGCCUUAAAGAAAAUUCUGAUAAAGAAUCUUGAAGAUGGAAUACCGGUCCAUGUCAUGAGAGAGAUCAAGGCUUUACAACUACUAAGAUGUAAAUACAUUAUUAAACUAUACGAUAUGUUCCCGCGCGGCAUGAGUCUUGUUCUCGUGCUAGAAUAUAUGUACUCCGGAUUAUGGGAAAUGUUGCACCAAUGCGAGCAUGAACUGACAAUAGCUAGAGUCAAAACUUAUGCAGAAAUGUUAUUAAAGGGAAUGCGUUACAUGCAUGCUCAUUACGUCAUGCAUAGGGAUCUGAAACCAGCAAACCUGUUAAUAAAUCAUGAGGGAAUAUUGAAAAUAGCAGAUCUAGGAUUAGCGCGACUAUACUGGCCUGAGGGUGGUAGGCCCUAUUCACAUCAAGUGGCCACAAGGUGGUAUCGUGCUCCGGAAUUGUUGUAUGGAGCACGCUAUUACUCUGAAAAAAUAGACCUGUGGUCAGUUGGAUGCAUAAUUGCCGAAAUGAUUACAAAGAAACCACUAUUUGCUGGAGAAUCGGACAUUGAACAACUAGCAAUUGUACUUCAGCACCUUGGAACGCCCACAGAAGAAACAUGGCCCGGUCACUCGCAACUACCGGACUUCCAUAAAAUAUCUUUCCCUGAAUCUGCUCCGACGCCAUGGAUUGACCUUUUGCCAGGCGUGGAGCCAGACGCAAUUCAUCUAAUAAAAUCAUUUAUUUUAUAUGAUGCUGACAGAAGAAUGUCAGCGAAACAAGCUUUGAGACACCAGUGGUUCCAAAAAAAUCCUCUACCAGCCUCGUUAGAAGAAAUGCCAAAGCCAAAACCAAAGUAGAUGUUAUAUUGAAAUUAUAAAAACCAAAAUGUAAUGAAAUAUUUAUUUUUUUAAUACAUCAUUUAUGAUUUAAAUUACAA